GACGUUGUUUCUGUCUUCCCCCCCCCCAGAGCCUGGCGUGGGCGGCGGCAUGGUGGGCGUGCUGGUGGGCGUGGCACUGGUGUCGGCAGCCGUGGGAGCAGCGGUGAUGGUGGUGCUACUAAGAUGCCGCAAAUUCAAGAUUCUUCCUUCAGGUAGAGAUUCGUGCCCCAUGCUGAUGCGGGGCACCUGGACGAAGGGCUCCGCCACCACUGCCACUACAGGGGGCGACGGUGUAGCCGGGGAGCGCGGCGGGACGGAGGCCAUAAAGGGCAUCGGGGAAGCGGCCCCCGGCGGCCGCGCUGGCGGGGGCACCACGAACACCGGCUGGAGCAUGAAGCUGUGGCGACGCGGCUCAUCCCAGGAGCGGCCCCUCCGCCCAUCCUCCUCCCAGGGCUCAGAGAACUCAUACACGGAGGAACCUUACGUCAACGCCGACGCUCAGAGCGCAGUCUACGCCGAACUCAACUCCACGACAGCCUCGACGCCGGGCAGCGUGACGAGUGGCGGCGCUGCCUACCGCCCCUACUCUCUAAAUACCUACUCUGAAAUCCCCGACCCGCUACGGCCAGUCUCCCUCCGCGCCUACAUCAGCGAGAGCACCUACGAGAACGCAGGGUAUGUGAUUUCCGAGGCCGGCCUCGAGCAGCCCGAGAGCUCCGCCGGCUCCACCUCCACCCCCUCCUCCGCUUACUACUCCGACGUGUCUUCCUCAGAGACCCACAACAACAAAAAGAAGAAAAAGAAGAGAAAGAACGAGGAGCGAAGCAGCACGGGCCUGCAACGGUGCCUGGAGCUCCCCAACAUUUCCUCCAGCGUGGCCAUCAUGAACCGCCACAACUUGCUAGCCGGGCGGGGAGGUGCGCCCCCCGCCAACUCUAUACACCCUCCCCUACACACCCGAGAAAUCCUCCCCCUGGCGCUGGAGCUCCUGCCGCAGCACCUCGCCCUGGACGCCCGGGGCGGCGAGAGCGUGCUGCCGCCGCUACAGCCCAACAUGGCCGUCAUCCACACCGCCAGUCAGGUGCAGACGCUGCCUAAUAAUAAAGGCCCCAAUGAGCCCCGGCCGGUGGCCUCUACGUGCCCCAGGAAUGGCGGGCCAGCUGGGGUCACCGCCCCUCUGCCAGGGGUCAGUGUCGGCGGCCCUCCCGGGGUCACUACUCCUGGCCCGGAGGAGGCUCCUGGCGCAGCCGGUGUUCCUACUAGUAUUACCGGUCAGGGGCCGGGGGUGGCCGCGGCCCAGCCUGAGUCCCUGCCCGUCAGUUUAGCCGAGGAGGGGGAGGACGAGGAUUCCUCCCACCGACCCCUGCCACCCCUCCCCAGCAGGCAGCAGCAGGGGCCUCAGCGGCGGGGCGUGUACCUGGCCCAGAGUAAGCAGGACCAGCCCCUCCCCCCGGUGCCCUCGGAAUACGUCUAAAAUACCACUCUCUUUUGCCCAGUAGGAACGCACCGGCCGGCACCCUCGAGGGGCCUCCCGCCGCGCCAGGCCGCCGCUGCUCCAGGACAUGGCCCCUCUCAAGAGGAUUCAAGGCCUCGGCGCCCAGCGACGGGCGGCGGCUGAGCGGCGGCAGGUUCGUGCGGGCAGCGGUCCGGGUACGGGCACUUCAUUACAUAUCUGUAUGUGUGUGUAAAUAUAUGUGUAAACACGAGCAAAAAUUGUAUACAUAUAUGUGAGGUGAUAUACGAAUCGGCAUUAAAGACAGUGUCCCGAGGGAGCAUUCCAGUGACGACUGUAGAAAACAUACAUACUACAUACCUAUACAUACAUACAUACAUAGAUGGCAUUACUACUUGUACGUCCCGAUGCAGGUGCUACCGGCAGGUGAGCACCUUUAUAUUAAGUGUUAGCCAGGUGUUGUUUGUGUGCAGGUGUACAUAGCCGUGUAUAAUGUGUAUAUAGGGAUGACCUCAGCCGGUGUCUCUUCUCCCUCUCGAAUUAUUAUUUUGUUCGUCUUAGUGUUGUCGUGGCUUGAACACACCUGCAGACUGGUGGUUGUGGGGCACCAGGCCGCUGUGCAUUACCUGGCGACGGUGCUCAGGUGUGUAGGGUGACAGAUGUGUGUGAUGACUUAGCCAAGUGUAAUGUAAUGGCGUGUAAUAACGCGUGUGUAGCAAACCGUGCAUGGAGACAGGUGUGUAGUGGUGUGCGUGUGUGGUGAGUGAGGUGUAGCAGCAGGUGUGUGGUGACAGGUGUGCAGCGACAGGUAACAAAGACUUCCAUAACUAUUUGAACCAGAACCUCCCCGUAAAAUAAAACUAUAUUACCAAAGCGAUGCAUUUCAACGCACGAAACUCGGAAAAAAAAAAUUAAACAUUUAACCUGUAAUUUCGCAACCUUUCCGGAUCAAAUAAAAGCACCAUCACAAAAAUAAACCCUAGGUAAAAAAUGCACGAAUAGCGAGGAAAAUAUGGAGUCAAAACAUAUAUACGCAUACACAUACGAGUAUAUGACCUAAUCUCGCUCCACUUUGAACGUUACCAGUGAAAUACUCGUAGUCAACGGCAUAGCGGCUCGUCCCAUCAAUUCCCCAAUGUUGUGACGUCAUAGAGAUUCUGCGCGUGUUGAGUGCGCAGUGGAUCAGAUUACACGCUAUAACAAAGGUGCUACACUUCGGCGACUUUAGUGGGCAAUGAAAGUGUGAGAGGGAGAGUGUGUAGGUGUAACGUGUGUGUGUGUAGUGAGAGGGGCACAGGUGAGUGGGUGUAAGCGGGAGAGGAUGUCAAGUUUCAGUGUAGGUACGGAUGCUGUGAGGUAGAAGAGGAGGGGUUGAGGUAAUAAGGAUGAAAGUAGAGGGUUUGUGGACUGAGAGGUGUAGGACAUUGCAGUGACAGGAACGAGUGACUAAGAGAGAGUAUGGAGUGGGGUGAGGAGUAGAGGCAGAUUGGUUACUCGGCUGCAAGGUAACUGUCUUAAUAUUAAUAGCUAAAGGUUGACAAAAGGUAAUCAAAAAAUAAUUAUGAAAAUUAGUCGUUGAAUUAUUAGAAUUACACUGAGGCAAUUCAAUCCACGUUCUAUCAUCAUUUUGCAGCGAUCAGAAUGUCUACGAAGAUCUAAGAUAAAUACAGAUGAUUCUUAUUCCACUCCUUCGUGAGACUAACACCCAACACACUCCUCACUUCACUCCCUACAUACAAGACACUCCUCACUCCGCGGCUAACACGGCUACUCCGCCCCUAACACACACGACACUCCCCACUCUCCCCUCUUCUCCCCUAACACACAAAACACUCCUUUCUCCACUCCUAUCAUACAAAACACUUCCCACUCCUAACACACAGGACACUCCUCACUCCGCCGCUAACACACAAAACACCGCGCAACACCGGACACGCGGAUAGAAAGUGCGAUACAUGGGUUACACAUGCUCAGAUGGUGGAUGUCAUCGUAAAUCUGGCAAUUACCUGUGUUACACCUUGUCAGCCUAAGGCCUAAUGAGCAUCGUGUUUCACCUGUCCUGCCGGCCCCUCAGUCCAGCCCGCUCACACUUCAAGGGGCGAGGAAAGGGGAGGUGGUGGAAGGGGUGGCAGGGAGGGGAGUAGUGGGACCGGAACGUCAAGAUGGGUGAAGACAGGGAGGGAAAGGGAAGGGAGGGAGGGAAAAUAAAGCUCAGAGCUGCUUAAUAGCUUUAGUUAGCUUGCGGGAGGCGAGGUGCUUUUGUUUCCUGGGCAGUGAUUGGCUCCUCAUGCUGGCGGUGACCAAUGAGGAAGAGGGAAUAGUCAGUGGGUGAUGGACGGCGGAAGGGAAGAGCUGCUGUUGGUGCUCACUGAAAUCACACUCACUCAUCAGGGAGAGGAACAGGAAUAUGUGCAUAGCGUUAUAUAAAGUAAUAGUCUUGCUUUUUUUCUUUCUUUCUCCAGUACGAGUAGGCAGCUUUUUAAUCAUAUUUUGCUGCCCUUGAUCAGUCCCUUUGACUUCUGAUUAAAUUAUCCAACAUUAAUAUAAACGCAAAAGAAAAAAAGAUCAAAUUAAUAAAAAAAAAGAAUCUGCAGUAUUUUUCUACUUCCAUCAUAAAAACUAAUAAACCAAAAGAUUAAAUAAAUAAAUAAAUAAAUAAAUCUCAGUAACAACUUUCAUCCAAUGCACACCCGCCUUUCCUCCCUCGUCCAAUCACCAGCCAGCUCGAGGGUCACGUGACUGCCGGGACACACUCAUAGUCAACAGUAAAGUUAGCAACGGCUGUUCUGAGACUGCCUGUGACGAUACCUUUAUUUUUACGGUAGCCUGCCUGUAUAUUUACCUGUCACACCUGGGCAGCCUGCAGCGUGGGGAGUGGCCGAGGGAGGGGGCUCUGGGAAUGGGCUCGGGGAAGGGGGAAAAGGGGAAAGGAAAUCACUAGAGGUCUUCUAAGGCAGGGAAGUGUCUAUACACGUGAAUUAGGAGGGGAAUAAUGAAAUGUAGGUAAAUAUAUCAACGAAUUUAAUAUGGAAUCAUGUAAAAACUGCGAAUAUUAUUUGAGGAUGUGAAAAAAGAGAAGGGAAUGAGCACGAGAUAGAUAUAAAAACUCUGAUAUCACGAAAUUUUUAUACAAACUGAAAUAAAAAACGAAAAUAUUGGGCGACAUGAAAGGGAGAAAAAAAAGCGAUUCAGUUUUUUUAGAUUUAAAUGUUCAUCAGACUCGACAACACACAAAAACAAAAUAAAAGGGGUAAAAGUAAUAAUUAAAACGACCCUUACAUUUCAAAACAGAGUAAACGCAACUACGAAUAAAAAGGAGACACAACAAAGCGAAAAGAUAAUGAUCCCCUUCCCAUCUCCUCCCCUCUCCCUCUCUGCGUCCCUCCCAGCCUCAUUCUCCUCAAGUUCAGACAUUCCCUCUGCUAACAGCCUCGUUACGCCCAUUAAGUGACAGCCUAAUGGCCACUUACGGCUUUUAUAACGACUUUCGCGGUACUGUUGCAUUAUAAAAAGGUACACGGGAAUAAAUAUAUAUUUAAAUAAAAGUCUGAUUUUUCUGUAAUGUUUAGUAACAAUGCUCGUUCUUGAGUGAUAAUGUGUGUGUGUGUGUGUGUGUGUGUGUGUGUGUGUGUGUGUGUGUGUGUGUGUGUGUGUGUGUGUGUGUGUGUGUGUGUGUGUGUGUGUGUGUGUGUGUGUGUGUGUGUGUGUGUGUGUGUGUGUGUGUGUGUGUGUGUGUGUGUGUGUGUGUGCAUUUAUGAACUCUAUACUAAUGACUUCAGAUGACUCUCUCUCUCUCUCUCUCUCUCUCUCUCUCUCUCUCUCUCUCUCUCUCUCUCUCUCUCUCUCUCUCUCUCUCUCUCUCUCUCUCUCUCUCUCUCUCUCUCUCUCUCUCUCUCUCUCUCUCUCUCUCUCUCUCUCUCUCUCUCUCUACCCGGAUGAAUUCUAAUGUAAUAUUAAUAGAUAAAUAAUCCUGUUGUUAUUUUUUAUACCGUCGCCUUGUUUGCUUGUCUGUGUUCGCCAUAAUUGUUUAUUUCUUUAUUUCUAUUUGUUUCUGAAUUUGUUGUACGUAUAUCUGUUAUUUGUUUAUUUUUUAUUUAAAGUCAGUGUUGCACUAGUCAUGGUGGAUGCCUCUCGUUAGUAAAGUGUUUGAUACGAUGA